UUCACACACUGUCGACGAGGAACAGCCUACUCCCAAGUCAACCCCAAGGACCAACAGGACAAGGACUUAAAGGAGCCCCAGUGCUGACCAUUUGCCGGAAUGUCUCCUCGGUGAGCUCCUCAAUGACGAGCUGGGAACUCCCGGGGGGUUUCAUAUACUUGACCCGCACCGAGCGGCCUACCGGCUCCCUACCCGCUGUCCGUAUCGGCCGGGUCACAAUCCCAUCUGGCUGGGUUGAAGGGCAGCAUUACUGACUAGUCGCGAAACCUCGCCAAGUCAACUGCGCACCAGACGCACGAGAUUUCCACGGAUACUCCAACAUCGCCCGGUAGUUAUAGGCGGGAGCUGAUUCAGCACAAAGGAUGGCCGAACAUGGUACUUCGGCCGACCUCAAACUCUACGUCGACGACUUCGCUCCCGAUCAACCCCGCAUUCGAUGGGGGGACGAAAAUCCAUCGAGCUUGAUGCUGCUCACUUCAGCAAAUACUGACUAUUUGCAUGAUAGCAUCAUCGCAAAUAGCGUACCCAGCUCAUGAGACAUACAGACGAAAAGAUAUGGGAUAGUUAUGUCAUACUAGUUAGUCCACCACCAUGUCGCCUUCACCGGACCAGUUACUUGCGAUUUCCAUCACGGAACGUGUCUGUUCGGCCAUCUCGCUGGUGGGCACUUUCGUGAUUGUCACGACGUUUAUUGGAUCGCAGUCGUUUCGAAAACCGAUUAAUCGCUUGGUGUUUUAUGCCUCCUGGGGCAAUAUGAUGGCUAAUAUAGCCACGUUGAUUUCUCAGUCGGGUAUCCAUGCUGGCGUGGGUAGUCCGCUUUGUCAAUUUCAAGCCUUUUUAAUCCAAUGGUUGGUUAUCUCGGCAGUGCCUUUUACCUUUUGGUUCAUGCCGGCGGAUGCUCUGUGGACAUUCGCAAUGGCCUGUAAUGUCUACUUAACCUUCUUCCACAACUAUAACUCGGAUCGGCUGCGCGGCCUGGAAAGGAAGUACGUGCUCGGCUGUUACGGUUUGCCGUUUAUGCCGGCCUUUAUAUACUUUUUUAUCCAUACCCCAACUCGUGGCCGGAUAUAUGGCUCGGCAAUACUAUGGUGCUGGGUCGCUCGUCCUUGGAGCUUCCUCCGGAUAGCCCUCUUCUACGGGCCCGUCUGGUUCGUCAUCUCCCUCACCUUCGCCAUCUAUCUACGCGCCGGCUCGGCGAUAUACCAAAAACGACGCGAACUACGAACGCUGGAUACUUUCGACACCCUCGAAACAGAAAUAGCCACCCUCGCCGGGAUCCAGGUGACCAGUGAAAUCGCAUGUUCUACGCCAGAACGCCAGUCUGUCGCGGAUCCCAAUGUCGACAUUCCGGUCCCCGCCCGUAGCUUUUCAUCUUCUCACUUAUCUCCGUACUCUGUCACUAUCGAGGGCGGCAUGAUGGAUGAGAUAAGCACGUAUCAAAACUCAGAAGAACGGCUCCCUUCUAUUCAGGCUCCGAGCACGAACCCAGGUCCGAGAUUGUCGGUGUCCCAGAAAGCGUGCCGUUCUAACAGCGCGGACAUGUACUCCCAGCAACGGGGUAUCAAUAGGGAGGCUAGUUCGGCAGCCUGGGCUUAUACCAAGUAUGCGAUGUUAUUUUUCAUUGCGCUGCUUGUGACAUGGGUUCCCUCCACGGUAAACAGGGUGUAUGCCCUGGCUCGACCUGACGACUUCUCCUUCGGACUGAACUAUGCAGCGAGUUUUGUACUUCCUUUGCAGGGAUUUUGGAAUAGUUUGAUUUAUGUAAAUAUUUCUUGGCCGGCGUUUAAGACGCUGUGGAGGGAUAUGCGACUGAAGGCGCAGGGCUUACACAAGCUUACUCAAUGA